CGGAUCGGCAGCAGCUAUUUUUGCGGCUGGUUGCUUUUUUCGUUGUUUUUCUCCCAGCCACCUAUGAACAUCCUGUCUUUUUAUUCUGUAGCUCAGCAAAUAUACUUGUGCUUUCAUUUUGGACAGAAUUUUCAGAAAAAUCAAGAGUGGUAAAAAAGAAAUAAAGAUUAAGCGAUACGUAAAACUGGGAAAUCCUCUGUAGAUUUUUUAUCUACUAAGUCUAGAGAAUUUUCUCUCUUUUUUAAACUGAGGUCUAUGAAUUGUGUUGAAGAAAACAUUCAGGAAAAUUACACUCUAAUUUAACUGCCCGUUCGACCUGCACGUGUCUUGGUGCUGGUUAAUCCAUUUACUACCAGAGCGACCAGCAUUGAUUAAUAUUUUUUAUCUCCGUUUAUAACUUUUUUUGGCUUUGCAUUCUAACCAUCACUUUGGGGAAUUUGCUUGCCCCCACUUUUUAAUAUCUAGCCACUGGGGUUAAAAUUUAGCUCAACUUUUCCCGAAGUUCUCUUGAGAGUUUAGAUAGAGCUAAUACGCGUAGGUUUGAAAAGAAAAAAGUUGAUAAAACAUUUUUAAAAAAUUGUGCUGGGUUCGAAAUUGCGCAGUUUUGAGAUUGUCUUAAUCUACAAGUAGCAACUGAACAACUGUUUGUUCAAACGGCAUAAAAAUUACUAGAAGCCCUAAAAUUGUCAUUUACUUGUGGCCAAUUUUCCUUUCACCUGACUUUGAAAAUUGGUGAUUAUUCUGCACGUUUACAGCCAGCAUUUUCCCAUCAAUUUUAAUACCAGAGUUUUUUCCUUCCCAUUCUGGUCUGGGACUUAAAGUCUUCCUUUGUUAUUCACUUGUGUUUAUCAUCUUCAUUUUUUUCCAGUUUUCUCUGGAAAAGUGGUUCGAAUUUAGUUGAUUUUAUCACACAAAUUUAUUUGCCCGCAUAUCUUAUUAAUAAACCCUUGUAGAGGCAGGCUAAUAUAUGCCAUAAUACCUUUGUGUGUGUCUAUUGGAAUAAACUACCAUAGCUGGACAAUUCGCGGGUAUUUCAUUCACUUGUGGUGUUUUUGUCCUCUCAAAGAACUGAAAAAUAUACCAAAUCACUUUUUCUGCCUGGUUGUGACAUUAGGGAAUAUUUAUUGACCUGCUACAAAGACGAUAUCUGAGCCAGCAUAGAAACUACUUCACGCAUCAGGAUCUGCUUCCCGUCAACCAGUCGUGAACAACUUUUGAACAACUCCUUUUAACUGAAUCCGGUUGAGCAGAAUGGGAGAUGAGCCUAAUGGGGAGGGGGGCAAGAAGAAGAAGGGUGGAUCGAAACAACCCCAGUAUGCCAAGGACGACCAAGGCAACCUCAUUCUGCCACCAGACAUGCCAGAGAUAGAUGUGGUCACGUGGCAGUCGUUGGAGAGCACACGCCGAAUGAAAGCACUAUGUGAGGAGAGCAAAGGUGCUGCAAUCAACACACUAGUGAACCUCGAUGACCAAGGAGAGCAGCUGGACAACAUAGAGGAGGGUCUGACGACUAUCCACGCGGACAUGAAGGAGGCGGAGAAGAACCUGACUGACCUGAACAAGUGCUGCGGUCUGUUCACCUGUCCAUGGGACAAAGUGCACAACCCGAACGAGGAGCAGGACAAGAAGAUCUGGAGCAAGAAAGGCCAGGACGGGCCAGUGGUGGGGGCACAGCCGGGGGUACCAAUGGACGGACCCACCAUAGGGGGAAAAUUUGUCGCCAGGGUUACGGAGGACGACCGAGAAGAUGAAAUGGAAGAAAACAUAAACGAAGUGUCGAAUAUAGUGACCAAUUUGAAGCACAUGGCAAACGACAUGGGCAACGAGAUCGACAACCAGAACAGACAGCUGGACAGGAUCAAGAACAAGGCCAACUCCAACGAACAGAGGAUCGGAGAGGCAAACAAACGCGCCACUAAGAUACUCGGCAAAUAAGUUAGCAACUCACUUUUGUACGCCUCAGAUCCCAGUAUACGUCCAGUAGUCACAGAACCCUUCUCAGUCGAACGUCCCAGAUCAACGAGAUCUCUGUCAAAAAUUCAAAAAACUCUUUAUGACGUUACUUUCAAUUGCAUCUUUUGGGAUACCUAUCAAUCGUCCAGGAGCCAUCGGAUCUCUGCUAUGCGCGAGGAGCUGCAUAAAAUGAAGCCUUCAAUCAAAAGUUCCAUAACAAACUCUGAAAGCUAUUUUUUGUAAAUUAAGCGCUCCAAUUUCUAAGCAAUUCAAGUGCCAAUAAGCUACAUGUUACUCAAAAAGACACCAUGACUCAUAAAUUAAGAGCCAGUAUGCGCUGUAAUCUAGUUUUACUCUGCUCAAACCGCAGUUUAAAGUUUCAUAAAGCAACUUAAAUGGCAAUUAAUUUUUUCAGAUUAAUUGGGCUUUAUGAGAUUGUGAGCUUGAAUAUUUACAAAUAUGAGGCUCACAUAUCUAGAUUUCUUAAAAUUUACAGGUUUUCAAAAAUUUCAAUAAGACCAAAAUUUAGUAUUUUGGAGUGUUGAAAUUUUGAUAUCUCAGUCCAUAUAGCCUUGAAACUUUAAUCACAAAAUUCUGUAGAUUUCCUAGUUUUAUAUACUUUUUGAACUUUGAUAUUUCACACAUUGCGAGUUUCAAUUAUCUAUUUUCACAAAUUCAUCAUAAAUGCAUAAAAAUAAUCUAGAGGUUACUAGAUGUUAUUUUUUGUAAAAGAUACUCGCAUCUUAAAAUAAACCUUCAAAACUUGCACAGACAGCCAAUCAAACUAUUAUUUUCCAAUAAAGUUUGGAGGUAUUGAUAAUUUCUGUUGAUAAUUGGAAGUCUGUUUUAGGUUCAAAUCAGGAUGGAGUUACGAAAAAACGGGUUGCUUUUAAAAAUUGAUCUCUUUUUUACCCAAAAGUAUGUAAGUACAUAUGUUUUCGGUAGAACAAAAACUUAAGAAUGGUCAAUGAAACGUUUGUACUUUAGUAAAAGUCCCCCCAACCCAAAUAACCCAUACCCCAUCAUCGAAAAAAUUCUAGAUCCGACCCUGGUUCAAAUUAAAUUAUCUAUUUAUACUUUUCUGCCAAUAGAAGAACAGUUUUGCUUUGAUGCAGUCAGUUACAGUUUGCCUUAUUUUCCAACACAAAUGCUCCAUUUGACAUUAUUUGAUAUUUGAUUAAUUAAUGCAAUUGAACUGAAUAUAUUGUAUUGCUGUACUCAUGAUUAGAUGUUGUUUGACACCUUUGUCUGCUGCAAUCACUAUUUAACCUUCUAUUUAA